AAGCAACUUGACAUUACUUUUUUGAAAUCGUCUUAUCUUACCCUCUCUAUUCAUACUGUGUAUGUCUUGCUCUUCUUCCCAGCUUUUAUAUGUAAUGUAACACACAAUCACUACUACUUUACUUCUUAGUUCUUAUGUGGUUAAUUAUAUGUGUGCCUUCUCUCUUAAUUACUGGAUUGUAAGAUGGUGGACACUGUUGUAUCCUUUGUGCUAGACAACUUGUCGCGGGUGCUUGUUAGUGAAGUGACAUUGCUUUCAGGUGUGAAGGAUCAAAUCAAACCCCUAAGUGAAGAACUUAAGUUCAUGAACAUUUUCAUUAAGAGUUCUGAGGGAAAACACGAUGAUCCCGUGGUGAGAGAAGUGGUGAACCAGAUCAGAGAUGUAGCAUACGAAGCUGAAGACGUGAUAGACACCUAUGUCGUCAAUGUCAACAAUCAAAGAAGCAGAAACAUGUUGGGAAAGUUACUCCACAGCAAAGACCAUGUGAUGACGCUUCAUGAGGUGAAUGAUCGGAUUACCACCAUCAAGAGAAGGAUCGAUGAUAUCUAUGAAAACAAGUCUAAAUAUGGCAUCCAACAAGGUGAUUUUGAAAGUCAUUUUAGAAACAAAGAAUUUGCAGAAGACUCAUUGCUUGCAAGAAGGAGGGAUGUGGAAGAAGAAGAAGUAGUUGGCUUGGUGCAUGACUCCGAUGAGGUGAUUAACCACCUCGGUAGCAGAGGAGAUUCGAGUCGUAAAGUUGUUUGCAUACUAGGCAUGGGUGGAUUGGGAAAAACCACUCUUGCUCGAAAGAUCUACAAUAGCGACAAGAUCAAGACCAUGUUCCGUGUGUGGGGUUUUGUGUCCAAUGAUUACAGAGCUGAAGAACUCUUAAUAAACCUUUUGAAGUGUUUGGGAUUAUCUGUAGAGGAGUGUAAAGAUUUAAAUGAUCAAGAAAAAAUGAAAGGAGAAGUCAGAAAACGCAUGAGUGGAAAGAAAUAUCUGCUAGUGCUAGACGACAUCUGGAAAACUCAAGUGUGGGACGAGUUGCAAGAAGCCUUUCCCGAUGACGACAAGGGUAGCAGAAUAUUAAUAACUACACGUGUUCAGGAUAUUUCUCACUAUACAAGAGCAACCUUCACUUACAAACUCCCAUUUCUUGAUGAAACUCAAAGUUGGGAAUUGUUUUGUAGAAAGGUAUUUUGCAAAAAAAAUUGUCCUCUUGAACUAGAACCUCCUGGCAAAGAAAUGGCUAGUGCCUGUAAAGGUUUGCCACUUGCCAUUGUUGUGUUAGCAGGUAUGGUUGCCAAAAAAGAGAGGUCACCAAGAGAAUGGCAUAAAAUCAAGAAUCAUGUUUCUUGGUAUCUUGCUCAAGAGGAGGAAUAUCGAAUUGUGACCAAUAUUCUGAAGCUUAGCUAUGAUGACCUUCCUCAAACAUUAAAGCCAUGCUUUCUUUAUUUGGGAGUGUAUCCUGAAGAUUAUGAAAUCCAUGUGAGAACAUUGUGUCAACUGUGGAUAGCUGAAGGGUUCAUUCAGAAAAAAGAAGUUGGACCAUCGAAUUCACCAGAAGUAGAAGAUAUUGCCGACAUGUAUUUAGAUAAGCUGGUGGAACGGAGUUUGGUGCAAGUUGCAAGUAGGAGAACUGAUGGGGGUGUGAAGACAUGUAGAGUCCAUGAUCUUCUCCGAGACCUCUGCAUUUCAGAGAGCAGCGAAAAUAAGUUUAUGGAAGUGUGUACGACAUUAGAUGCUAACAAGUGUAAUCCCCGUAGGAUGUCUCUCCAGUAUAGAGGAAACCUGAGGCUAACCAAAGAUAACCAAUCAUCUGCACGCUCUCUGCUUGUAUUUGGUGAAAGAACUAUCUGGAAGAGUAAAUCAGAAGGGUGGAAACAGAUAGAGAAUGGUUUCAAGUUGGCUCGUGUAUUGCAUAUGAACCUAGUGGAGCUACAUUCACAACCAAGUGGAUUGAAGUCAUUGAUCCAUCUAAGGUAUUUGAAACUGAUAGUAGGUUCUCUAAGAAUUGCAGGUGAUGUUUUAACUUGUAUAUGCAACCUUUGCAAUCUAGAAAUGUUGCAUCUAGAGUUUCAUCGUGACUCCGAUCAUUUAGCUCUACCAAGCAAAAUAUGGAAGCUGGAGUCAUUGAGGCGUAUUUAUUUUCGCCAACUGUAUGCAAAGUGGGAUUGUACUGGAGUAUCAAUGUUGAGUGUAGAAAAUGGGGAAACAAGUAUGGAGAAUCUCCAGACUCUGGGUUUCAUUCAUCUCGAUUCACAACUAGCAAGUGUCCUUAACAAGGGCAUGUUUCCCAACUUGACAAAACUAAGUUUAUGGCAACAUCUAAAUAAGUCAAAUGAUGAAAUAUUAGAGAAGAUUUUGCAGUGCCUAAACAAACUCCGUACGCUAAAGGUACAUAACAUCAGUAGGCUUCCAUUAGAUCCGAAUGUGUAUCCCAGGAGUCUCUCCAAGAUUACCAUAAGACGCCACUGCGAAAUAGACUCAAGAUUGAUCAAGACUCUGGGACAGCUUGUCAACCUGCAAAUCUUGAAUCUAGAGUUAGCAAGCAUGCAUUACGAUGUUAAUUGCGCGGCUGGGGACUUCCCACAGCUUCAAGUGCUACGUGUGAAACUGUACAAGAGGCUCCCUGGCAGGUGGAAAAUAGAAGAAGGAGGAAUGCCACAUAUUCGAUAUUGCGACCCUGAAAACCUGCUCAACCGUGAUCAAGACUGAAGUUAUAUUCAUCAUCUACAGUCAUUAAGAGAAAAGGACAAAUAGGUCCCUGACUUUUUGCCCUGCAUUGACUAUUGAAAAAUACUUUUAAGUCCCUGACCUUCACAAAACUUAGACGGAUCAGUCCUUAACGGAGGCAUUUGGACGGA